ACCACCCAUAUAAAUCUCUUUCUCUCAUCUUCAUCUUCAUUAUUUUUUUAAAUUCCACUCCACCAUUUACCUUCUUCAUCCUCACAUUCUCUGCCGCUAUACGGAUCUCGCAAUUAUCUUAAAGUCCCCCCGCUCCGUUCGCUCCUCCGCCAUAUCCAUGGCCGACGCCGCCGCAGAUGCCAACAUGGACGCUGUCCAGCGCCGCCUCAUGUUCGAAGACGAAUGCAUAUUGGUUGAUGAGAAUGAUAAUGUUGUUGGUCAUGAUACCAAAUACAAUUGCCAUCUUAUGGAGAAGAUUGAGUCUGAAAAUUUGCUACAUAGGGCCUUCAGUGUUUUCUUGUUCAAUUCAAAAUAUGAAUUGCUUCUUCAGCAACGGUCUUCAACAAAAGUUACCUUCCCUUUGGUGUGGACAAACACUUGCUGUAGCCAUCCUCUUUACCGAGAGUCUGAACUUAUUACGGAGAAUGCCCUUGGUGUUAGAAAUGCUGCCCAAAGAAAGCUUUUAGAUGAACUGGGCAUCCCUGCUGAAGAUGUUCCAGUCGACCAGUUCAUACCUCUGGGUCGUAUGCUUUAUAAAGCACCUUCUGAUGGGAAAUGGGGAGAACAUGAACUGGACUACCUUCUCUUCAUCGUGCGGGAUGUGAGCGUGCAUCCGAACCCCGAUGAGGUGGCCGAUGUGAAAUAUGUGAACAGGGAGCAGCUGAGGGAGAUCGUGAGCCAAGCGGACGGCGGCGGGGGCAUACAUCUGUCCCCUUGGUUCCGACUCGUAGUCGAUAAUUUCCUAUUCAAAUGGUGGGACCAUGUUGAGAGUGGGACUCUGAAUGAAGCUGUGGACAUGAACACCAUUCACAAGUUGAUCUGAACAGGUGCAUGCAUGCACUUUUUUGUUUGUUCGUUUGUUUUUUUCCUUCUGCUGUGGUUAUGGUCUUUGUAAGCUUGAAUAAUAAACUAUCCUCUUUAUG